UCAAGAUGGCGGCCUUCUGUGUCAACAAUCACGGUUUUACAAAUUAAAUCUUGAAAUAUUUCCAAAAUGAUGGAUUAUGGAUGAAUUCUUUCCUCUGGAAUUAAGAACAACUUUGUAGAGCUGGAUAAUCAUGUCUCUUUUAUGUAUUUGCGUGAAAAAAGCAAAACUUGUCGGAAACACAGGUUUUGGCGGAGAACCUGGUUCCAUGCAUACAUCGAACUCUGUUGGAAAUUCCCUCUCUUCAAUCACAGAACGAUUUAACACCUAUGUGGUCUUAAAGCUACAAAAUGUCAAAUCUACAACGAUAUUGGUCAAGGGAAACCACCCUUGUUGGGAACAGGAUUUUAUGUUUGAGACAGACAGAUUAGAUGCUGGUUUGAUCAUUGAGGUAUGGAACAAAGGAAUGCUGUGGGACAAGUUAAUAGGUCUACACUGGCUGCCUCUUCGUAGUGUGCAUUUCUCUAACCAGGAGGGUGAUGGGAAGUGGAUGUCACUGGACAGUGAGUUGAUCAUGCAGAAUGGUGAGAUAAAAGGCACACGCUACCCUACUGGUCACAGUGUCCUUAUAGAAGCAAGAUUUGAAAUACCUUAUGAAGCAGUGGCUGAGCUCCCAGAACAUGAGGCAAUAAAACUGAAAGAGAAGCUUGAAGUUCUCAAUAACAUGGAUGCUGAGAUAAUGCACAGUAAAGAACUUUCAAAGAGGCAAACAUACUCACAGUCUGGUAUGUCUGAAGACAGCGAUUACACUAGUGAUAUAAAUUAUCCAUUACCCCACCAACACAACAGUUCUGCCCACCAGUUCCGCGGGGAACCUAAUUAUCCUUUAAAUCAUGAAAAUAGUCGGGAAUAUAGUCAGGAUUAUGGUCCAUAUGAUUCAUUUGAUAGGGACGAGUAUGGACGGCGACGUUCAUUCGAUGAUCGUAUUGACAUGGAACGGAGAGGUUCUUAUGAAAGAGGAGGUUCAUUUGAUCAGGAUGUCUCCUUUGAUGGGGACGAAAUGGGAUACGAACGUGGUGAUUCUUUUGAACGGACAGAAUCAUUUGAGCAAGAAUCGGAUCACUACGGUUACGAAAGGUCAGAUACGGAAUAUGAAAGGUCAAUACAGGAUGAUAGAUAUGAUGAGGACGGUUAUGAUCGUCCAAUCAGAGACUACGAAAGACUGGAACUUGGUUCCCAUCAUAGCUCAAAUAGGGAUUACGAUUCUGACCAGGAAUAUGCAUAUUCACAUCAUGAUUACGAGAGAACUGUGACUAAUGAGGAAGGUGUUAAGUACGAUAGGAGACAUUAUGACCCUCGGUAUGACCGAGAUUAUUAUUAUGAUUCUCAAGAACAGCUCAAUAAAAAUAGGAGUUAUUCAAGGGAAUCUCAAAAUUAUUCACGCGAGUCAGACUUUUAUCCAGUGGGAAGUGGAUCCCAUGUUGGUAGAAGUGACACUGACUCAGAACCUCUCUCUUAUAAUAGUCGUCCAAAUCAACGUCAACCAUUGUCCAAUGCCUCCACAACACUUAGACACGGGAGUCCCCAUGGUAGUGCAGUGAGCCCUAGCAGUAGAAUCUCAUCAUUCACACAACAGAGCACUCAAGAUUUCAGUCCAUUAAAUAGCCGGUCUUCCACAAACGUGAGUCGCCAGAGUACACAAGACUACAGCGAUGCCGAUCUACUCUAUGAUACUAGAAGUAAUAACAUAAUGCCGUCACCGGCACGAGCUCGUUGGAUAGAUGCCUUUAACAAAGUCUGUGCUCAAUUCAAUGCAGACUUAGACUUGUGGAAUAUGACUGGUACACUGGUAGAUGGUAGAAAUGGUGACUUGAUGCGUGCACAUCCAGAAGAUACAAGGUCAUGGACACAUCACAACGGAAUAUUUCCCGAGCGUAAUGAGUUCUACACUUCCAUAGACAGCAUGCCUGAAAUAAAACCACCAUCCCGUAAAUCAGUGAUACUUGUCAGUGACCUGAACAGUAGAAUAGAGACUGGAACCUUAACAAUGCAAGCUAGUAAAAGAAAUGCCGGAGUGCCGUCUGCUAUGGUUGCUAGGCAAUCACUGAAUGACGAGGAAUUGAAAAUGCAUGUAUACAAGAAAACGUUACAAGCAUUGAUAUAUCCAAUAUCGAGCACAACGCCUCACAACUUCUAUGUAUGGACAGCAACGUCACCGACCUACUGUUUUGAGUGUGAAGGAUUGCUGUGGGGCCUUGCUAGACAAGGGGUCCGCUGUACAGAAUGUGGAGUCAAAUGCCAUGAAAAAUGCAAGGACCUGCUCAAUGCUGACUGUUUACAAAUUCUUGGCAGAAAAAAGUAUAGAGAUAGAGCUGCAGAGAAGAGUUCAAAGCAUGGUGCUGAGGAUAAAACUCAUAACAUUAUAAAGGCAAUGAGAGACCGUAUGAAACUGAGGGAACGAAACAAGCCAGACAUAUUUGAGUUGAUUAGCCAAGUGUUUAGUGUUGACAAGAAGUCCCAUUCAGGUCAUAUGAAGGCUGUAAAACAGAGUGUAUUAGAUGGAACUUCCAAGUGGUCAGCAAAAAUAGCAAUAACAGUUAUUUGUGCCCAAGGCUUAAUAGGGAAGGAUAAGACGGGAACCAGUGAUCCCUAUGUUACUGUACAAGUAGGCAAAGUAAAGAAAAGAACGAAAACAGUACCACAAGAUCUCAAUCCAGAAUGGCAUGAAAAAUUCUACUUUGAAUGUCACAAUUCCUCAGACAGAAUCAAAGUCAGAGUCUGGGAUGAGGAUAAUGAUUUAAAGUCAAGAAUUCGAAAAGCAUUCACACCUGAGCCAGAUGAUUUUCUCGGUCAAACAAUAAUUGAGAUCGCUCAGCUUUGCGGUGAAAUGACAAUAUGGUAUAAUUUAGAAAAGAGAACAGACAAGUCAGCUGUAUCUGGUGCUAUACGUUUACACAUUAGUGUUGAAAUAAAGGGAGAAGAAAAAGUUGCUCCAUACCAUGUGCAAUAUACCUGUCUUCAUGAGAACUUAUUUCACUUCCUGUGUGAGCAGUCGGGUGGUACAGUGAAGUUGCCAGAAACGUCAGGGGUAAAGCCAAAAUUAGAUGAAGCAUGGAAGACUUAUUUCGAUGAGCCUGCCCAGGAAAUAGUAGAUGAGUUUGCAAUGCGGUAUGGGAUAGAAUCUAUAUACCAAGCAAUGACGCAUUUUUCCUGUUUGUCCACUAAGUACAUGUGUCCUGGAGUACCGGCUGUGAUGAGUACGUUACUUGCAAACAUAAAUGCCUUCUAUGCUCAUACAACAGCUACAACAGCAGCCGUGUCAGCCAGUGAUAGAUUUGCAGCUUCUAACUUUGGGAAAGAGAAAUUUGUCAAGCUGUUGGAUCAGUUGCACAACUCGUUGAGGAUUGAUCUGUCGAUGUACAGGAACAAUUUCCCUGCCUCGGAUCCAACCCGGCUACAAGAUUUAAAAUCCACAGUAGAUCUGCUUACUAGUAUAACAUUCUUUAGAAUGAAGGUUCAAGAGCUGACAAGUCCGCCGAGGGCAAGUGCUGUUGUGAAGGACUGUGUUAUUGCUUGUAUGAAAUCCACAUACCAGUUUCUUUUUGACAACUGCUGUGACCUGUAUCGACGGGAGUUUCAAGUGGAGACAAAAGACGACCAGGAAAAUAUAGAACAGGAGGGUCCGAGCACGAAGAACUUGGAUUUCUGGCACAAAUUGAUAGCUUUGAUAGUAUCUGUGAUUGAAGAGGAUAGAAAUAGUUACACCCCAGUGCUCAAUCAGUUCCCACAAGACUUGAAUGUAGGUCAGGUCAGUGCUGGCAUGAUGUGGGACCUGUUUGCCCAGGAUCUAAACUAUGCUUUACAAGAACAUGAGAAAACAAAGACGUGUAAAAGUACAGAUUACAUGAACCUACACUUUAAAGUGAAGUGGUUAUACAGUAAAUAUAUAGCAGAAAUACCACAAUUCAAGAAUACAGUGCCAGAAUACCCUGCAUUGUUUGAGCCUUUUGUGAUGCAGUGGUUGAACGAGAAUGAUGAUGUAUCCAUGGAUUAUCUUCAUGGGGCAUACGAACGUGAUAAACGAGAUGGGUUCCAAAAGAGUUCUGAGCAUGCACUGUUUUCAACGAGUGUUGUGGAUGUGUUUACUCAGUUGAACCAGUGUUUUGAUGUGAUAAGGAAACUGGAAUGUCCAGAUCCUCAGAUGCUCAAACGAUGUAUGGAAAGAUUUGCUAAUACUGUAAACAAGGUGCUUGUAGCUUAUGCUGACAUUGUCAGGAAAGAUUUCAAGGAGUAUACAGGACAUCAGAAAGUGGCUUGUAUAUUAAUGAACAACAUCCAACAGUUGAGGGUUCAGUUAGAAAAGGUGUUUGAAUCAAUGGGAGGAGAAAAGCUGGAUGUGGAAGCUGCAAAUAUACUGAAAGAACUUCAACAGAAAUUGAACAGUGUCCUUGAUGAGCUCAGUAACAUUUUUGCCAAAUCCCUUGAGCCCCAGAUCCAGCAGAGUAUGCAGGAGUUAGGGGCCCUUCUAUCGAAGGUAAAGGGAGCUGGACAGGUUUCACUGUCACAGCCAAGUCAGAGGACCAAUAUACAACAGGAGAGUGAUAUGGUUCUACGUCCCCUCAUGGAUCUACUGGAUGGCAGCCUGUCAAUGUUUGCUCAAGUCUGUGAGAAGACAGUACUAAAACGCUUGCUCAAGGAACUCUGGAGGAUAGUGAUGUAUACAAUGGAGAAGACAGUGGUUCUGCCCCCACUCUCUGAUCCCAGACAGCAAAGUAGUGACAAGCUCCUUCCAUUGCCGGGCAGUGCUCAGGCCAAGAUUGAAGAUGUCUCUAGAUUGUUUCUCAACCAUGUUAGCCAAAUGCCCAUGAAUGUGCCCAUGAUUCAGGAUAUGUCAAAGGAAGCAGAGAAGAAUUUGACACCAAAACAGUGUGCUGUACUAGACAUGGCAUUGGAGGCAAUUAAACUGUACUUCCAUGCCGGUGGUCAGGGUCUAAAGAAAAAUUUCCUGGAGAAAAGCUCGGAGCUGCAGUCAUUACGUUAUGCUCUGUCACUGUACACACAGACCACAGACACUUUGAUCAAAACAUUUGUGAAUUCACAAACGUCUCAGGACCAGCCCAGCCAGACAGAGACUGUUGGUGAGGUCUCUAUACAGGUGGACCUGUUUACACAUCCAGGAACUGGGGAGCAUAAGGUCACUGUCAAAGUUGUUGCUGCAAAUGAUUUGAAGUGGCAGACGACGGGUAUGUUCCGACCCUUUGUUGAGGUGAACAUGAUAGGUCCACAUCUUAGUGAUAAGAAGAGAAAGCAUUCUACUAAGUCAAAAAGCAACAAUUGGUCUCCAAAAUUCAAUGAAACAUUCCAGUUUAUAUUGGGUAACGAGGAUGAGCCUAGUUCAUAUGAACUACACAUCUGUGUGAAGGACUACUGUUUUGCACGUGAAGACCGCCUCAUCGGAAUGGCGGUGAUGCAGUUACGCGAUAUAGCCGAACAAGGAAGCUGUGCGUGUUGGUGCUCUUUAGGCAAACGACUUCAACUUGACGAGACUGGAUGGACAAUUUUACGUAUCUUGUCGCAGAGAACGAACGAUGAAGUUGCAAAAGAAUUUGUGAAGUUGAAGUCAGAAGUUCGACACCUUGAGGAACACAUGAUGCAGAAGAAAUAGGCUCUUUUAAUAUGCAUUCUCAUCUAUUUUGAUGCAUUUUGUAAUAUACAUGUUUUUAUCCAGUUCUUAUUUCAUAUAUAUAUAUAUACAAUCACAUAUACAUUGAGGUAUACAUGUACAAUGUUUAUAGUCCUCUUUGUAAAGCUGUCCUAUUGUGCAUUAUGUAAAUUAAUAGCUGGGCCAAAACAUAUAUAAUGUUAAUAUUUUAAUUUUGAAUAAAUCUUAAACUAAGCUGCAUUUUGUAUCCAGCAUUGCUGUGUUCACUGAAACAUUUAAAGAACUGAAUCAAAUGUAAUAUUUAUAAACUGAUAUAAACAGCUGUUUAUUUGUAAGUGAUAGAAUACAUAGUGUCAUUCAUUCAACAUCUGUGUGGAAACAAAAUCAUUGAAUACAUUUAAAAGUGGGAUUUAUAAGUUUUCAUCAGUUGAGCAGUUUGUGAUAUUGAAUAUGAAGGGGUUUUUUGUAACUACAAAGCAAAAUGAGCCGCGCCAUGAGAAAACCAACAUAGUGCGUUUGUGACCAGCAUGGAUCCAGACCAGCCUGCGCAUCCGUGCAGUCUGGUCUGGAUCCAUGCUGUUCGCUUUCAAAGCCUAUUGCAGUUAGAGAAACUGUUAACGAACAGCAUGGAUCUUGACCAGACUUCGCAGAUGCGCAGGCUGGUCUGAAUCCAUGCUGGUCGCAAACGCACUAGUUGGUUUUCUCAUGGUGCGGCUCAAAUGAAUUUUGGAUAUAUAAUAGUGAAAUCUUAGGAUAAAUUACUGAAAAUCAUGACUUUAAGCUACUUAUUACAUAUUUUUCAAUAAAUCAUUGAACUAUCACAGAGAAAUAUAUCUGGUCACUUCACAUAGAAACCAAAAAUUUUGACUAAGUGGAAAAAAUAUAAAAUGAUAUAUAUUUUUCCGUUGUACAAAGCUAGCAGACAAGUAGAAAACUUGAUUGUUAACAUGUAAGAUGAAAAUGAUUUUCACUCCUGAAUGCAAGUGAAAAUAUUGCCUCUUCUGUUGAUGCUGUGAAAAUCAUUUUGACCUGACAGUCCUCUAUAUUUUACAGGUAGCAUUUAUUUUAUCUUUGUCGAAGUUUUACUAUAGUGUGUACAUCCUUUUUCCAUUUGAGCUGCGCCAUGAGAAAACCAACAUCUGUUCGCUUUCAAAGCCUAUUGCAAUUAGAGAAACCGUUAGCGAACAGCAUGGAUCCUGACCAGACUGUGUGGAUGCACAGGCUGGUCUGGAUCCAUGCUGGUUGCAAAGCCAUUAUGUUGGUUUUCUUAUGGCGCGGUGCAUUUCAGUUCUUUAGACGGAGCUUACAAGGAUCUGUGUAUAGAAUUUUUUUGUUUUUGAUUUACAUAGUUGUUUUUUAUAGAUCUGAUCUAUGGGGACAAGUGUUGUGAAACAGUCAAACUAUAUAAAGACUGUUACCUGUGUUAUUUUGUUAUAGAAAAAUAAGUCCAAGUAGUAAUAUAUAUUUGUUUUUAAGAAGUUUCACAUUUUUUGUAGUAUUUAUAUAACUAUUUAUCUAUCUUGAUUUACAUACAUACAUACUUACCUACAUUAUUUAUAGAAUCAAGCUUAAUGGCAUUUAUUUAAGAAGUUUCUUUUUUGCAAUACAUAACUGCAUUUACGAUUUUUGAAUAGAAAUUCGAAUUUACUUUGUUGCAAUAUUGUACGAGUUAUUUUCUUUAAUCUUAAUUCUGUUGAUGCAAUAGGUGUGUCAGUGUCACAUAGACUUACACACAUUCACAUUUAUAAUUCAGCUUGAAACUCAGUUUUGUAUAUGUUCCAUGACUUGGCUUACAUGUCUGACUAGGAGUUUUUUUAAAGCAGAAAUUUGUGUCUGGCCAUUUUCUGGUGGAAUCACGAAUGGUGAUCAAUUUAUCAAACACCUAGAAGCUGACUUAGUUAAGUUGAGAAGAUUUAACAAGAUUUUAUGAGUUUCCAAUAAGAUCCUGACUAGUCUUAACUUUUGGAAAAUCUUUCUUAAGAUCCUGACCCUGCUAACUUGUAGAAAAUCUCUUAUAAGAUCCACACUAGGCUUACCAUUAAAAAAUCUCUACUACUUAUAUGUAGAAGAUCUCUUAUAAGAUCCACACUAGGCUUACCAUUAAAAAAUCUCUACUACUUAUAUGUAGAAGAUCUCUUAUAAGAUCAACACUAGGCUUACCAUUAAAAAAUCUCUACUAAUAUGUAGAAGAUCUCUUAUAAGAUCCACACUAGGCUUACCAUUAAAAAAUCUCUACUACUUAUAUGUAGAAGAUCUCUUAUAAGAUCCACACUAGGCUUACCAUUAAAAAAUCUCUACUACUUAUAUGUAGAAGAUCUCUUAUAAGAUCCACACCAGGCUUACCAUUAAAAAAUCUCUACUACUUAUAUGUAGAAGAUCUCUUAUAAGAUCCACACCAGGCUUACCAUUAAAAAAUCUCUUCUACUUAUAUGUAGAAAAUCUCUUAUAAGAUCCACACCAGGCUUACCAUUAAAAAAUCUCUUCUACCUAUAUGUAGAAAAUCUCUUAUAAGAUCCACACUAGGCUUACCAUUAAAAAAUCUCUUCUACUUAUAUGUAGAAAAUCUCUUAUAAGACACUAUCUAGGCUCACUUUUAGAAAAUCACAUAUUGCUUUGAAAGUAUUAAGUCUAUACUUAGCAGGUUGUACCUAAGGGUAAGUAAAAAUGAAGAGCCAAGCUAAAUAGGCGAUUUUGAGUCAAAAUACCCUUACAUCAACCAGAAAGUAUUGUUCCAUAUUGUUUAUAUAAACAUGGUUCUUGUGGUGAGAAAAUGAAAUCGCAUAAUAACAAAAUUUGCCAAAAGGUAGAAUCUUUUAAAAAGAGUCAUUGUCUAUAGAUACCACAUUCAUAGUUUAAAGUGUUGUUCUGUUUUCAAAUAUAAUUUAUCUUUUAUGCAUCAGGUUGAAUGCCUACAAACUUUCUGUAUUUGUAGGUUAAUGCAAACUUAUUGCAAAUGAAUGUUUGUAAUGUUUUGUUUGGCUAGAUUUGAUUUCUGAUAUAACUUUGGAAAGUUAAUAUAUAGAAUCUUUUGUAGACUGGCUCCUGUCCCUGUUCUAUCAGUUUUCUGAUAUAUAAGUUUUCUGCAUUAACAGGGAAGUAACUGCAGCAGGUUGUUUCUAUACUGACAUUAGUUAUUGCCCCUGGCUCCAAACAGGUUUAUCCAUCCAUCAGAUAAAAUGUGCUAUUUUAGAGGCUUAAAGUUUUCAUUUGCAGUAUUUAUGUAAAAAAUAACCAUGCAGCCAGGGAGCCAGGCUAAAUAUUUUGUUACAUUUUGUUUACUUCUGUGAAAACUUUUUACAUCUGAUCUCUCUAGUCUCACAGUUUUUGAAUCUUUGGACUUGUAAGCAAGUUUACGCAUACUUGCAGGCAAGUUUAUGCGGCCUGCAAGCAAGUUAACAUGGACUUGUAAGCAAAUUUACACGGACUUGUAAGCAAGUUUACACAGACUUGCAUGCAAGUUUACAUGGACUUGUAAGCAAGUUUAUGCAAACUUGCAGGCAAGUUUACAUGGACUUGUAAGCAAGUUUACGUGGACUUGCAGGCAAAUUUAUGCAGAUUUGCAUGCAAGUUUACAUGGACUUCUAAGCAAGUUUAUAGUUUUACACUGAUCUCUGUUUUAUGCAGUGUUUCUUACUUUUUUCUGAUUUCUGUUUCUUACUCAGGUUUCUGUGUUCAUUGCCUUAUAAUUUUUAUUAGUUAUUUCAACCAUGAACAAGUGAUUUACAUUCUUUAUGUGAAGUUUCACUGCAAGAUCUGAUCAAUUUGGUUCAGUUUGUGUGAAAAACUCUUGUUUUUUCCCCAUAGAAAAAAAACGUCAAAAUACAUAACUUACGAAGCACAUGUUUUGGACUACCACUGAAAGUUUUGUUGUUUUUUUUUUUCAAAAUAGUUGUUUUUCAAAUAUGUGACUGAGCAGUUUAUAUGAUGCUGUAAUUGAAAAGUCGAAUAAAAAAUAUCUGUACUUUCCUGUAUUUAGGUUUUAGAGGUAGGGUGGGGUUGGGAUGAGCAGGCAAGCUGUCUAUGUUUAAGAUAGAAAUGGACAAAUUGGCAUUGGCAGUUACUUGUUUAAAAUACUAAGUAGUGGAAAUUUUAAAUUGACAGCUGACUGUUUAAAGUAAAUAGUAAUGGGAACUCCACAUUGGCAUCUGCCUGUUUUAAAUUAUUACUAAUGGAAGCCAAGCCCUACAAAGGGCUUUGAUGAAAUUGUUGACUGUUGCCUGCUUAUCAGGCCCCCCUCCCCUCAAUCUCUCUCCCUUAAGCCAAACCACGUAGUCUGUUUUGUUACAAGAUUAUUGAAUCAAAGUUAAAUGUUUUCUCCUGUUUUGUUAUAUAAAGUUGAUAGUUUAUAUUGGUUGUGAAAUCCACCCUGUUAUUGUUAAUUGCAAUAUUACAAUGAAGUUUUGAUCUAGUUUAGGCAGAUAUUGUUACUAGGCUGUCUGUAAGUUUAGCAGUAUCUGACCUAGUUUGGUUUGUAUUCUUGCAACCUUUUUUGCAAUAUACAUUUUUAGCUCGACUAUUCAAAGAAUAGUCUAGCUAUUCUACUCACCCUGGCGUCGGCGUCAGCGUCACACCAUGGUUAAGUUUUUGCAUGCAAGUACAUACAGCUAUCAUUUAAAGGCAUAUAGCUUUGAAACUUAUUUAUUCUUUUUCUAGGUCAAUUACCAACCUCACUGGGUCAAGUUCCAUAACUCUAACAUGUAUUUUGAGCAAAUUAUGCCCCCUUUUGGACUUAGAAAAUUCUGGUUAAAGUUUUACAUGCAAGUUACUAUCUCCAAAACUAAUGCAGAUAUUGAAUUGAAACUUCACGUGUGUCUUCGGGGUUAUAAAACUAGUUGAUAGCACCAAGUCCCAUAACUCUGACCUUCAUUUUGGCCAAAUUAUGCCCCCUUUUGGACUUAGAAAAUUCUGGUUAAAGUUUUGCGUGCAAGUACAUACAGCUACAUUGUAUUACUAAAAGGCAUAUAGAUUUGAAACUUAUUUUUUCUUUUUCUAGAUCAAUUACCUACCUCACUGGGUCAAGUCCCAUAACUCUGACAUGUAUUUUGGGCAAAUUAUGCCCCCUUUUGGACUUAGAAAAUUCUGGUUAAAGUUUUACAUGCAAGUAACUAUCUCCAAAACUACUACAGAUAUUAAAUUGAAACUUCACAUGUGUCUUCGGGGUUAUAAAUCUAGUUGAUAGCACCAAGUUCCAUAACUCUGACAUGUAUUUUGGGCAAAUUAUGCCCCCUUUUGGACUUAGAAAAUCCUGGUUAAAGUUUUGUGUGCAAGUACAUACAGCUAUUACCAAAAGGCAUAUAGCUUUGAAACUUAUUUAUUCUUUUUCUAGGUCAAUUACCAACCUCACUGGGUCAAGUUCCAUAACUCUUAACAUGUAUUUUGAGCAAAUUAUGCCCCCUUUUGGACUUAGAAAAUUCUGGUUAAAGUUUUACAUGCAAGUUACUAUCCCCAAAACUAAUGCAGAUAUUGAAUUGAAACUUAACAUGUUUCUUUGGGGUUGAUAACUUCAAGUCCCAUAACUCUGAUAUGUAUUUUGGUCAAAUUAUGUCCCCUUUCGAACUUAAAGCUCUUUUGAUAUUUAACAUUUUGGGUAAUAAUUUCCUGCUUCUGUGACAAUAUUUCGAAUAGUCGAGCUUGGCUGUCUUACGGACAGCUCUUGUAAUUUAACAAAGAAUCGUUAGUACAUUUUGGUGACUAGACAGAGCAUAACAAGUAGGUAGUUCUUGUUUAGACAUAGGGGGCCUCCAUAGCAGAGUGGUUAAAAUCACUUACUUUAAAUUACUUGCCCCUCACAGACGUUGGUUUCAAGCCUCACUAGUAACGUAGAAUUCUUCAUGUGAGGAAGCCAUCCAGCUGGCUUGUAGAAGGUUGGUGUUUUACCCAAGUGUCAACCCGUCAGAAAAUAAUACCAGGAGGGGCAACUGGGGUCUUCUUCUACCAUGAAAGUCGCCAUAUAACGUAACAAACUCAAAGAACAAACUCUUUAGAGACACGUAUCUUUUUUUUUGCAGUAAUUGUUUGUAUCACAUUUGAUCAAAGUUGUGUUUUCUGGGUCAAAUUCCUGCUUGAUAUAUUUUGGUUUUGACAUACACUUACGAUAUUUAGCGUUUACUGAAUGAAGAAAAGUCAGCGUGUUAAUGGCUCUAUACUUCAGGUGAAAACUUAAUCGUUUCAUAUCUCAGUAUCAGCAGGUCAGAUCAAAUAUAGCUAAUACCGUGCCAUGUCUGUUUCUAACACAGGUUAUAUUGAUAACUAAUGUAAGUCUAAAUCUGUAGCUAACAUUGCACAAGAUAUGUCGCUGUCAUUUUGUCUAGCUUAUGACUGAAACUAGGUCAUUUUAUAGCCAAAGCUAAGCCAUGUAUUUUCUGUUCACAUUAGGCCAAACUUGCAGCUAAUUUUAAGCAAGAAAUAUGGUAACCACUUUACCAAGAUUGUAUGUAAGCUAAAACAGUUAUUCAAAGCAGACACUGUGACAGAUUUAAAGUUAUCACUGAACCAUGUGUAAGACAAGGUCAAGAUUGUUGUAAAUUAAUUCUAGGUCUAAGAAGUUAUAAACCCUAAGUCAAAAUUUUGUACCAGAAUAGCCAUGAGUCUGGUUUUUAAUUAAAACUAGACCUAAAUUGUGAACUGCCUAGAGCCUAGUCUGAAUGUAAUACAUUGUGAGUUUGCAGCUAAUACUAGGUCUAAUAAAAGAAACCAAGUAUUUGGCAAAACUUAUAGCGACUACAUGGCAUGAUAUGUGACUAAGUUUAGGUCGUGCCUGUAGUUUACGCUAAAUUGCUGUUGUUGCUAACUCUAAGGUUUGUUCUGCAGCAAAAUUUGGAUUAAGAAUCAGGCUAACUCUAGGUCAGAUAUGUAGCUAACAAUUUCAGGGCAGCCUAACAAUUUAUGGUAUUUGUAUUAAGUUUAUGUUUGCUUUGCAUAAUGAAUUGUUUAUAACAUUGUCUUUCUAUAUGGUAUGAUAUAUUGUGCACAAUCAGUUACCAGAAAUCCAGUCUUAAAGUUCUUAGCUACAUGCAAAUAACAAUCCAAAUAUUUAUGAACAUUAUUUAUGAAUUUACAAAUCUUCAUAUAGGCAAGUAUGUCCAGAUUUUGAGGAUUCUUUUGCAUGACAUUAGGUUUUUUUUCACGAAAUAUGUUUAUUAAAAUAAUGAUAUGUUUAUUACAAAAAAUUAGCAAUAUAAUUCUGAUAAUCGCCAACAUAUGAUACAUAAUUAUAUGUAUGACAUAUAAUAUAUAUGUGUGCUAAAUUUAUAUUUGAGUUUAAUGUUAAUUUUUUCAUGCUCUAUAUACAGGUGUUGGUUGCUAUCCCAAGAGCUUUAUGUUUUUUAUUGUUUUAUUUUUUAUUUGCAGUUUUAUAGUUACUGGUUACGGAGUUUAUUUGAAUGACAUUUUUUAGUUGUAUUCUAUUGGAAAUCCAUUUAUUUCUUUAUUUCUUUUUUUUACAUAUUUAAAAGCAAGAAUAUUUGUCAGGUUUUUUUUAUCAUGGUACUGAUGUUGUACAUCAUUCGGAAAAACUCUCAAAGGCAGUAACUCUGUUGUAGGAACCUUUUCUUUAUUUUUCAAAAUACAAGGGUCAUUCAAUAUAUAAGGUAGCUAUUAUUGUGUAUUCUGUACUGUCUUAGAUAACAGUCAGUUUAUAUGUAUAUUAAUUAAUUGCCCUUUGAUUUUUCUGGUUGCAUAAGUAUACUUUUUCAGUGAUUUUCUGUCGCCUUGCAGCAGAUUUUUUUCAAGAAUGUCUAAAUCCUGUUAAGCCACGUGUCAUUCAAAGGCUGCCAUGGGAGCACUAUGAAUUUUUAAUGAAAAAAAUUGUACAACUUGCUUUGAUAGGUCUUUUAAUAAGAUGACAGUAAGAUUUGUAACAAAAAAAGAAUAACAUUUUAGAGUUGCUUUGAAUAUUAUAUUUGUAUGUUACUAACUGUGAACGUUUACGAAUUAUCUAAAUUAAGGUGCUUAGGAAAAAAUUUUCAGCUGUAACUAAAUUGAUUUUAUAUUAAAUUAAGCUAUAUUUCUGGUGUAAAUUAUUUCUGUGUAAGUCUAUCUUGAUUGUCUCCAUGUGACAGAAGAAUUUUGAAUAAGAUGAAGUUUGAUAUUUUUGAAAAUGGCUGUGUUGCUAAGCAAUGAAAAUAAAAAUACACACAGCUUUGAAUGAUACAAUGCCUCUUUUUCUUUUUAAGGUUAUAAAAAAAUUUCAGGUCAACAUGAAAAUAAAAAAUUUAUUGGGACUGUUGUUGUCAAAAAUUAAGGAUGAUAUGGUGUAAUAGGCCUCAAUUUCACCAAAAGCAUACAUACAACUUGAUAAUGUAGGCUUUAAAAAUGUCAAACGAUAGAAAUAAGGUGCAUAUUGACAAGUUAUAUAGUGACACAAGUUCUCAAAAAUUUCCUUUUAAAUUAGAUUACCUCCCCUUAUAAUUUUGGUUUUUCAUUAGUUAUCUCCCCUGAAAACUAGAAAAAAUGGUUUUCUCCUUUUUCCUAUGGGGAAUUUUAGAUUUCUUUUUGAUAUUUUGUAUCAGAAUUGUAUAAUGCAGCUUUCUACUGCAAAAUUUUCUCGAAACUCGAGUUCAGAUUCUCAUAAUCAAGGAAAUUAUAUAUUUCCCAUAGGCAUCAAUGUUAACUUCAAUACCGAUUAUCUCCCCAAAAAAUGAUAAAAUUUGAAAACUCUCGGUGAAAAGUUUUUGAUUUUGAAUGCCUUUAAAGUGACCAAACAUUUAAAUAUUACCAUCCAGCUAUUACACCAUGUUAUCCUUAAUAAUUCAGUUACCGUCACUGCUGGUUACUCUCUUAAUAUGAGAAUAAUCCUGGUGAAUGUGUUAAAGCCAAAUGUUCUUGUUAAAUGCUUAUCAGUGAAAUUGUGUCUUACUUGCUCCAUUUUUUGAUAUGAAACAUCCUGUGUCAUGAUGAAAUACAUUUAAAUUCAAUUAAUACAUUUCAAAUUCAACACUUCAAUUAAUAUACUUUAAAACGAUAUUUAGGCAGUUACAUUUAUUUAUUGAAUGAUCCUUAUAUCAUAAUUUUGAAUUCAUCCUGAUUUUGAUGGGGAGAUUUCCCAUUUCAACCAUCUGAGACUGCAAUUUUUUCAUGCCAUUUAUUGUCAGAUUAAAACAUUUAAGUUUGGUUGAUUUAAAAUUUCGAAACAAAAUGAUGUCGUUUUUAGACAUGAUAAAAGGCAAAAAAAAAAAUUAGAUUUCACAACAGAAAAUUAAAUUUUGUCCAUAAUGUAGUAAUACCGGUACAUGGUAAUUUCUCAAAUAUCUUUCAAAAUUAAAAAUAAAUGCCUACACUGGUUCUGUCUCCUGUAACUUUUAGCCUGCUUAAUUUCUAAAAUUAAUUUAGGCAGUACUAUUUAUUAUUUGAAGGGGUGUUCACUGGAAAUUUACUAACUGAAUAGCAAACAGUGCAGACCAUGAUCAGACUGCACGGAGGUCUUGGUCUGCACAGGUCGCAAAAGGCAGAAUCACCUGCUGCCAGCAGUCUCCUUUAGAAUGCUAUCAGUUUUUUUUCCAAGCAGAAAGUAGGAUGAAAUUUGUGAGUUAAACCCUAACAUCUUUCUGUUAAAUUCUGUUGUUGUUUAUGAAGCUCAUGGAUCAAAGACAACUCUGUUUUUAAACUUCUUUUGUUGUUUUAAAAGAGCCAAAUAAAAGUCAUAGUUCAUUUUAAAGAAUUUGUUCAUUUUUUGUUUAAUGAUAUCCCCACAAUGAGUUGAUUUCUGGCAACAGGGUAAUCUUUUAAAAACUCAUUUACUUUUUUGAAGGGCCUGCUAAUACCAUAAUCUCUUGUAACCUGCCCGCUUAGCUGAGUAGAGCACACAUCUAUGGAUCGUGGGGGGUUGCGAGUUCAAUCCUUGUAUGAUGGAUAUGUUCUCUGUUGCAAUUUGAUAAAAGACACUGUUUCUGAUAUCAUUUAUCCUUUACAUCCUGAUUCAUGUAGGAAAGUUGGCAGUUACUUGUGGGAACAGGUUUUUAUUGGUACAGAAUCCAAGAACACUGGUUAGGUUAAUUGCUGGCGAUUAGGUAACUGAAAUACUGUUGAAAAACGGCGUUAAACCCAAAACUAAUAAAAUAAUCUCUUGUAGAUAUUUGAAUGUAUUGUCUUCCAGAGGCUUUGGUUUGACAUUUAUAAAUAUGGUUACUCACUGAAAGUUUAAUAUACACAUUGUGAUUUUUUGACAUUUAUAUAGAUCUGUGUAUGGUUACAUGCUGACAGUUCUUACAGAUACGUGAUUCUGAGGGUGAACUACAUGUACAAGCUGCAGACUAUCAACAUUUACCUUUCAACAACAAUUUGAAAGUGAAACUUUAAUUGAAAUCUGAGACAGCCUUAUGUCAUGUCUGUUAGAUUUCGUCUUCACUCAAAAAUGGUCACAGUAGACCAUCACUCGAGUGAUAUAUGAUUUUCCCUAAACUAGUCUCUAGCAAUUUAGCAUUUUAUUUAAGUUGUAUAUCUAUAUACAAAGUACUCUGGAUGUGAACUUGAUAGAAUGAGUUAAAUAAUAAACAACCUUCAAUCAA